CGUCAUCGCGUUUCCCUGGGAAAGCCUUCAGCGCUAAUGACGAGAGUUUCCUAUGGUUAGGUAAUUGUUGUCCUCUUAGCCUUGUUAUGCUCCGCUGUAACCGGACCGGAAACGUGAGUUAGAGGUACAGUAGUCAGGGAGUUAUUAUAUACGUGGUUAUCAGCUGUGGCCCCAGGAGACCUGGACUGCUGUCUAUUAAUAAACCAUGGCUGAGUAUGCAAGAGUUAAAUCCACUAAACUGGUGCUAAAGGGAGCAAAACAUAAGAGUAAGAAGAAAAACAAAGAAAAGAAAAGAAAGCGAGACGAGUCUGAAGAAGACAAACUGGAUAUUGUAGGAAACUGGUGGACUGUCCAAAGCUUUGGUGACGUUUCAGGAACAGUGGCUAUUGAAAUGGACAAAGGGGCCUACAUUCAUGCCCUAGACAACGGGCUUUUCACAAUUGGAGCUCCACACAAAGAUGACGAGGGGCCUGCACCUCCAGAGCAGUUUACUGCUGUCAAGCUAUCUGAUUCCAGGAUUGCGUUAAAGUCCGGUUACGGGAAGUAUGUGGGCAUUAAUUCAGAUGGCCUGGUCAUCGGUCGUGCUGAUGCUAUAGGGCCAAGAGAGCAGUGGGAACCUGUGUUUCAAGAUAGAAAAAUGGCUCUGCUUGCUUCCAAUAGCUGUUUUGUCAGCUGUAAUGAUGAAGGGGAUUUAGUUGUACAAAGCAAAUCAGCCGGUGAAGGAGAAAUGAUAAAGAUUCGUUCCUGUGCCGAAAGAGAAGGCAAUACAAAAGAUGACAUCCCCGUUGAAGACAAGGGAAAUGUUAAGCAGUGUGAAAUCAAUUACAUAAAGAAGUUCCAAAGUUUUCAGGAUCGUAAGCUUAAAGUAAGCCAAGAAGACCACAAAGAUCUCAAAAAAGCCAGAAAAGAAGGAAGUUUCCACGAAACCCUUUUAGACAGGAGAUCUAAACUGAAAGCAGACAGAUAUUGUAAAUAAAAAUCCGUGGAUCAACGCGACAAUGUCUGCUCAUUAAUGUAAAGUGAUUUUUUUUUUAUUGCUAUGUAUUUGUUCCAGAUUUUGUACUUUUAUUUCAUUAAAACGAUUUUAUUACCACCCUGGAAA